UUGAAACCAAAGCACAGGAGAUGUUUACACAAAGAAUUGUUACUACAGAGAGGGGAGGAGGAGCUGACGCUACUACAGGUCCCCCCAUUAAUAUCAGUGCAGGAGGGCCACAGGGCAGACAUGAGCUGUACCCUCAAUGGGAUCAUGGACUCGUGGAUCUGGGAGUGGUUCUGGUACAUCAAUGGAACCCGAAUAAGAGGGAAUAAACCGGGGGGCCCUCAAAUUACCUACAGCCUAAACCAAAUGUCCACCACCCUCAGCAUCCGGCUAGUGGCGGCCAAACAGGGAGGAAUGUAUCACUGCACCAUGAGGGUGUCGCACCCGUACCCCAAUAUGGAAUAUACAGGUAACGGGACCCUCCUGCUAAUUACAGGACCAGCAGUGGUUGUACUUGUACAAGAACCCCUUAAUCUGCAACUUCAAAAGGACCAGAGUGCUGUCGCCACCUGCAGGAUGGAGGGGGUACAGAAAUCCUGGAUCUGGAAUUAUGAGUGGACCUGGAAUGGCUCCUCCCUGGACAGUAACCAACGAAUGUCCAUCUCUCAGAGCCAUGACCUGCAUUCCAGGCUGACAAUCCUGUCUGUAACCCCCAGGGAUAGAGGCUUAUACCUCUGCUCUGCAAGGGUUUUGCACCCCAGGCCUGGGUACUAUUUGGGGAAUGGAACAUGGCUCUCUGUCACAGCUCGUCCUGUGAUGACUGUGAGAAGGGAAGAGGUGGCUGCUGGGAGGGAGAAGCUGACCUGUAAGGCCAAUGCAUUUUACCCGUUGGAGCUGAACAUCAGCUGGAGCUUCUCUCAGACUGGGAUCCGAGUGGAGCAGAACCAGACAGAGAAUGAGGAUGGAACUUACACCAAGACUUCAGCUGUAGAAGUAUCGGAGGAAAUAUGGGAAGAGGAGAGGGGCGGGGUUUGGUGCCAGAUGCAGCACAUGACACUGGUGGAGUCUCUCACUGAUGUGCUGCACCCACCAAGCUCAGGUAACAUAUCAGUGACGUGCGUUCCUUUGUACCAGUAUCUCUUUCCAGUUCGGGUGUUGGUGACAGUGAUUCCACCCUUGUAUCUGCUGCUCUACAGAUUCUGCUACAACUUCACGUUCAAAUGAGAUGAGCUCUGCCCAGGCCAACAUAUUGGGACACGGCUCAGCGCUGACGGGCAUUGAAUGGCUGCCCCCAUGGCUACACAGCAGCUUGUUUAUAUAAACUAUAGUAGUACUUAUCUGUUAUCUACUGUGUAUCCUGU